GAGCGGAAGGCGCUCCAAAGCACACCGUGCAGCUCUGCUGCAGCUGGAGGACUUCGGAUCUCCGCCUCCAGGUGGACCUCAGCUCUGCACCCGACCACAGUGUCUCCGGGACCCACGGUUCAGAGGCGCUCCACCACCAUGGAGAAGGUCGAACUGCUCAUCUGCUCCGCUUUCUUCCUGCUCAUGCAGUCCACGCCCACAGCCCCGGUCACCGUGACAACGAAGCAGCCCCUCGUGGAGGUCCACGAGAACGAAAGUGCAGUGCUGUCCUGCGAGUUCCAGACGCAGGCCGACCCCACCCCGCGCAUCGAGUGGAAGAAGAGGACCGAAACCAGCGUCCACUUCAUCUACUUCCGGAAGGAAUUCCUCGAGGACUUGGUGGGCCGGGCGACCAUCGAGGGGGCCACGAUCACCAUCCAGAAGGUGACCCAGAUGGACGCAGCCGUGUACCACUGUGAGGUCAGCGCUUCUCAGGACACGGUCAGCUUGGGAGAGACCAACGUCACGCUCAGAGUGCUCGUGCCUCCCAACACCCCCAGCUGUGAGGUUCCCAGCAGCGCCCUCACGGGGACAAGGGUGACACUGCGCUGCUGGGACAGACAGAGUGUCCCCCCGGCCACCUACUCCUGGUUCAAGGACAACAAGCUGUUGAGUGUCAACCGGGCGUCCAACACCACAUACGCCCUGGACCCCAGGGCAGGCACGCUGGUGAGAAACACACCACACACACACACACACACACACACACACCUAAAGUUUCUCAUGGUGAGCCACUUCCAACACUUGACGGAUAUUUCAUACGCAGUCGUGUCCCUGUGUGUCGAGCAGGAGUUCAACCCCAUCUCUCGGGCCGACAGCGGUCGCUACCACUGCGAGGCGUCCAACGGGGUCGGGGUGCCCAAGAGCUGCAAGGGGAACCACAUCCACAUCGACGACGUGGACGUGUCGGCGGUUGUGGUCGGGGUUGUGCUCGUCACCCUGCUCCUGGCGCUGUGCUCUCUCGUGGGAUGCUACACCUACCGGCAGGGCUACUUGAGCCAAGGCCGCAGAGGACGGUCCUUCUGGAUCUCUCAGUGUCACGGCGUGACCCAAAUCAGCAGCCAGAACCUCCACGGGGCCGAUGAUACCAACACGAGCUACGUGAGUUCUGCCACAGAUGUAAGUGCUCCUCCUGCCGUGGCGUGUGUGUGUGUGUAUAACAGAGAGAGAGAGAGAGAGAGCCAUUCCACAACCCACCUAAACAUUUUAUCAGCCCAUUAUACUAUUAAAGGUAACAUGUAUUUUUGUUUCACACCAAUAGAGCUUCGUGAUCCAUUCAGGUCCUGAGAAACUACAAACAGGAAAUGGACAGGAGAGACAGGAAGUAGACUGAUCCCCUUCCCCUUGUGUAUGCUCCUGUCCACAGGCUCAGGAUUUCAAACACAGCCAGUCCUUUGUGCUGUAAGGAUCCCCCCCCUACCCUGCAAGAGGCAACAGAGCUGAUACACCAGACUGCUGUACUUCAGCUCCCUCUAGUGGCCGGGGGGGGGGGGAGAGCGUGAGGGUCUGCGGCAUGGCAGCAUCCUGCUCCGCUUGUGUGCGCGCGCGCAUGCAAGGAGAGAAAGAGACCUGUGUCUCUACUAUCCUGAACAACAUUUCACGUGAAAGGAGAACAACUGCAUUUUCCCCAUCUAGGUUUCGGAAAAACGGUCUUGUUUUAGACCUGUAAGGACAGUCGUGGGGAGUGUCAUCGUCGCACUGAGAUACCAUGCGUCACCAGUGUUAAAGUAUUGUUAUUAAAACGCACUUGCCGUGGAACUGAAAGGCCAGGAGUGAUCUGUGUGUGAGAGAGCAAAAAGGAGCACAGGGACAAAUGGGGAU